AAGUUGAGCAAUCCUACCUGGCAGUCUAACGGAUAUAUAUAGCUAAGCCCAUAAUUUGUCAGCCAUGAUUUCCAUAAAAAAUAUGGACACCUACAGCCUUCUUAAUUAUAGCGAUUACCUGGAAAACGUGAGCUGCUUGGCCGUGAUGAACUUCCACUUCAGCUACCGUUGCGAAAUGGCCAAAAAAAUAGAGAACUGCAGAUACAUCACUAAUUUUUUCAAUUAUUUCGUGCUUAUGUACUGUACCUUCAAGAUAGACAACAAAAUAACUGAAAUUGUGGUGAUGUUGCUGUUUGGAUUGAUCUACUGUUUUUUCCUAUGCAUCCUGUACCUGGGCAUCAACCACUAUUUUUUGCCAACGCUGAAAAUCGCAGCACUUAGGCUGCGGAUAAACGAGUACAUGGCGGGCGUCGUGCUCGUGGGCGUGGCCAACUCCACUCCCGAUCUCCUGGUCAACCUAUCGCCAGUCAGGCAGGAGUCCCUGACCUUCAACAUAGCCAUGGCCAGCGCCCUGACGAUCAUAUGUCUGAGCGGCGGAGCGGUGUGCUUUAUCCGGCCGUUCAGGAUGAAUGGUCACAGUAUUUUCCGGGAUCUCCUCUUUCUACUGUUGACCAUCGAGCUGGUGCGACUUCUUAUAAACAUAAAACAUAUAACGGCAUUGGUAAAGGGAAUUUUGGUACUGACUAUUUACCCGAUAUAUCUACUUAUUAAUGUGGCCGAUAUCCUCCUGCAGCGUUUCACAAUAAAUAAGCUUCGAAAGGAAAUUGAAAUUUUAAGACACUCUCCGUCCUCCCAGCAACAUGAUCUUAGGUUGGCUGACAAAAUAAUUCUUUUAAAUGGUUUCGAGGAGGACGAAGACAUCCAAAUCCGUGAAUCGAAACUACUUCGCCAAAAAACUUUCCAAGCCGGUUUCUUUGUCACUCCCAAGCAGCUAUCUCGACACAAGGAAGUGGACGUGGAAGCCAACCGCACAAUCCUCCACAACAAGGCCAAUCCGAAGAAUCUUUUCCUGUUCAGCGAGUUCUUUCGUUCCAUCAAUCCCAUCGACCCAGAGCAAUGGUACCUAAGUGGGAAAUGUGCCCGAAUUGCACUUGUCGCCAAGGUCCCAGUUACUUUUAUGCUCCAACUGCUGAUCCCAUUUGUGGACUUCCAGAAGGUCAAGCAUGGGUGGAGCAAGUUGCUGAACUGCAUUCAGAUAGUGCUAACUCCUUUCGUGCUAGUAACACUGGUUGAGACUAUGUUUGCACGCAAUUACUUCAAUUGGCAUAACAUUAUUCAGGUUAACUUCUCGGUGUGGUCUUUAAUGGUAACGCUGCCGUUGGCCAUAAUUGUGUUCUGGCACUCCCGCACUGACAUCCCACCGUGGUACCACAGCGUUUAUAGCCUGCUCACAAUUUCCACCGUUAUCAUAUUCUGUUGGAUUUGCGCCUGGGAAAUGGAUGCGUUGAUAUCGAUCAUCGGCAUUGUUUUCAAUCUGUCCCCAUCCUAUAUGAGCAUCACCUUCAACGCGGUGUCUGCUGCGACGGCCGACUUCAUUUCCUACGGACAUCUUGCCCAGCAUGGCUAUGGAAAGAUGGCUUUUGGUGCCGUCGUUGGUGGUUCGGUGUUCAAUAUGGUUGUCAACGUUGGCAUCGAGUUUGUGAUGCAGAAAAAGGUCGACUCGCACGGCCAAGUGGUUUUGUUCGGAGGUGAGGGCGAGACCAUCUACAUUUUUCUGGUGUUAACCAUCACAACCACCAUGUGGUGGUGCCUGACCUUCAACUUCCUUGCCCGCCGAUCCGCUGGUGUGUUUUUGUGGUGCCUAUUCAUAUUGUUCCUCAUUUACUCGACUGCCAUUGAAUUUGAGUGGGUCCAUGGCUUUGAGGACAACCCCCACAUCCACCCGGUUGCUGAAUAAAGUUGCCGAGUUGUGUUCUAAAUAUACAAAAUAUAUGUUUUCUGUG